UUGGCCCAAACUUUUCAGGUUUUUGGCUUUUCUAUGAAAAGUUGAAAUUUUCUGUUUUCUGAAGAUCUUUUACUGUUUUUUUUUGUGUGUGGAAAAACAGGGUAUUGGACACAACAGAUUUUUUUCCACAGAAAGUGUGUGAUUUGGGAGGGGGAUUUUCUGAUUUAUUUUUAAAACCCAAAAGCUUGAGACGCUUCUGGCUUCUUUGCCAAUAAUGUUGCUGGCUGGUUUCUUUGACAACAACUUGAAAUUUUGCAUUGGAAAUAGACGUUUGUUUUCCGUGCCAGAGUCUUCGCAUGUGGGUGACGGUCACUGGUCACAGCUGGGUGCGAGAUUUCGUUCAUCACAGUGGAAGUGGAAGAGUAUCACAGGAGGAGAAACUGAGAUCGCGGGGCGCGGCCACAACGCGCCAGGCGCUGCACAGACCCUGAGUGACCGCAGUCUAAACAGACAGAGGAAAGUUUUUGCCGGGCCUGUGAAGUUCUUACAUUCUGCACUGCUCGGUUUGGAUGUUUGCCUCGUGGUCUGUAACACGGUCACUUCUGAACCCCGUGUCUGACCUAUCCCCGGCUCUAGAAAGGUCUGAGGUCUAGUGGGUUAGAGCAGGGGGGCUGGGAGCCAGGACUCCUGGGUUCUCUGCUCACCCUAUGUCGGUGCUGUUGCCCCCCCGGUGUGUCGCCAGUCCAGGAUCCCUGGCUGAAAUGUUUGGGGCGGGGGGUGCCCCAUGGGUCCAGGGACUGUGACAGGUCAGCAUCCGUUUGCUCGGCUGUCUUUGUUGCAGAGGGUCCCUCAUCUCAGACCAGUGGGUUGUGUCAGCAGCUCAUUGCUUUGAAAGGUGAGUCACUUGGGGUGGGGAGGGACGAGGGGACAGGCAGAUGUCCUGCUUGGAUCCUUGCUGGGAGAGCCAUCCCCAUGCGGGGUUAUGGGCAGCUGUUCUGCAGCUGCCCCACCCCAGAGGUGGCUGCAUCUCAGCACCAGGCAAGCCAUCCCCGUGUGGCGUCACUGGGUAGUUUUUCCUCUGCUGUCCUGCCCCAGAGGUGGCUGCAUUUCACAGCCACACGAACAGCCACAUGAACCCAGGACUCCUGGGUUCUCCCCCUGGCUUUGGGAAGGAAGUGAGGUCUAGUGGUUAGAGCAGGGGCCACUGGGAGCCAGGACUCCUGGGUUCUCCCCCUGGCUUUGGGAAGGAAGUGGGGUCUCGUGGUUAGAGCAGGGGCCACUGGGAGCCAGGUGUGUUAUUGUGGGUGGUUCUUUUCCUGCUGCUCCACCCCGGACCCCACUGCAUUUUUGCCCAUGUUUACAAUCCAUCUCCCCCCACUGAUCAUUGUUUUCUCUCUGCUCCCCAUCUCUGGUCCUCAGCCUGCCUAUUCUGUGAACCCUGGGGGGCGCGGGGGGGUGGGUGGGUGGGUUAGAAACUAGCUCUCCAACCCCUCCCUAAGCCAGGUCUGAUCCCCCAUGCACCAGAUCAUCGUCUAUCCUGAUUACGAGAGGUGCAGCCAUUCAGCCGAUGUCGCCCUAGUGCAGCCGCCGAAGCCAGUGCGAUUCAGAGAUGAAAUCUGCCCCCUCUGCUUGCCGGGCCCCUCUGAUCCUCCCCUGCAAACAGCCAAGCUGGGUCACCAGCUGGGGAAACUGUUACUCAGGUAGUAAGACCAUCCCCCGGGGAAAGGUGCUAUCGCUCCGUGUCUAAAGCCCCAUGCUCCUGGAGUCCUGGGAUUCCUGCUGCACCUUGAAAUAAACCCAGCCCAGCACUCUAAAAUUUGUGGCCGUCACAAAGCUUGGUGGAAAAUUUUGCUGUUUGAACGCUCACGGGGCCAGACUGAAGCCAGAGACCCUCCGGUGUUACUCCUGGGUCCGCCCAGAAGGACGAUUUGAACGGGCAGCACUGUCCCUCUCAGGUGUUAGCUGGUAGCUCAUAACCUGUCAAUAGCACCAGGACUGGCCAGAGGUGUCAUCAGUGGUGUGGGAUCGAGGGCACCAGUUGAACUGGGGAUUAAAUCUUGGACACGGGCAGAGCGAGCUGUGGGACAGCUCUCCAACAGAGUUUGGCUUUAGUCCCAGGCCAGGAGGAGUGGAGAUCUGGUGGAGCCCAGCCUGUCACCUGCAGCAUUAUGGGAAAUGCAAAUAAUAAAGGGCCGAUCCCACCCCCCUCCUCGAAGUCAGCUCCAGAGGGGAUGGUGGAUCGACUCCAGGAGGACGUCACCUGCUCCAUCUGCCUGGACAUCUUGGAGGACCCCGUCUCCAUUGAGUGUGGCCACAACUUCUGCCAGGGCUGCCUCGCGGCUCACUGGAGUGGGGUCUCGGCUUGGGGGUAUCAGUGCCCCGAGUGCCGGGCUCCCUGCUCCAGGAACCGGACGACCCCAGACACACGUCUCAAAAGCCUGGUGGAGAAAAUCAGAGACCUGCCACGUGAAGGGACGUUGACAGGAACAGGGACAGCGAGCCCUGAGCCGGGGCCGAGGGCUCAGCCGGGGCCGAGGGCUCAGCCGGGGCCGAGGGCUCAGCCGGGGCCGAGGGCUCAGCCGGGGCCGAGGCGCCCGGUGCAGCUGGUGCGUCUGGACGAGGAAGGGGGCCUGACCCUGGACAAGGAGGCCCUGAGCCGCUGCCUGGAGCAGGGUGGGGUGGGGGACGCCCCCGUCUGCCUGGUGUCCAUUGUCGGGGAGCAGCGCCGGGGCAAAUCCUUCCUGCUGAACUACCUGCUGCGUCGGCUCCAGAGCCUGGAUGUGAAGGAUGGAUCCUGGAUGGGCCGGGAGGAGGAGCCCCUGGAGGGCUUCGAGUGGCGAGUUGGUGCCCGCAGUGUCACCAAGGGGGUGUGGGCGUGGAGUCAGCCCUUCUGGGUCCCCUCUGAGGAGGGGCAGGUGGCCGUGCUGCUGGUCGACACCGAGGGCUCCAUGGACAUCGCCAGAGACACGGAGACCAGCGUGAAACUCUCCGCCCUCUCCAUGCUGCUUGGCUCCUACCAGAUCCUGAAUGUUUCCAGCCAGCUAAAGGACCCCGAUCUAGAGUAUCUGGAGAUGUUUCUGCACGUGGCCGAGGAGGUGGGAAAGGAAUAUGGGCUGGAGUCCAUUCAGCAGCUAGACCUGCUGGUGCGGGAUUGGAGCAACUCCCCGGUCUUUGGAAUGGACGGUGGGAAGGAGCAUCUGAGAGACGUCCGACAGAUGCUGGCGGCGAGGUCCCCUUGCAAACACCCCAAGGCCCUGGAAGCGCUGAGCAGAAGCAAAACCCGCUGUUAUGUGAUGCCCUUCCCUGGCAAGCGGAUCAUGACUGGAAGCGAGGGAUGCGUGAGAGACAUGGAUGAGGAUUUCCGGGACAGCCUGAGGGACUACGUCACCGGCCUGGUGGCCUCAGCCGGUCAACACGUCUGGAGGGACCGGCACGGGGCGCUGGUGACCGGAUCACAGCUCGCUGCCAAGAUAAAGAAAUUCUCUGAUCUGAUGAAGAAACAUUGCUUCGGCUUCUCCUCUCCCACUCAGAUGGCCAUCACCUUCCACAACCAGAGAGUCCUGGACAGGGCCAGCGCAGACCACGCUGUGUUUGUGACGGAGAAGGACGGCGACUCCCGGAACAUGGUCGCCUGCCUGAAGGUGCGGCCGAGCAAGAUGGCGGAGCUGUUCGCGGAGCGGCGCGGGCAGUUGCUCUGGCGGUGCCGGACGGACAUGCGGGAGCCGGCGCCGGAGAAAGAGGCCCAGCUGACGGAGCUGGAGGCGGUGCUGACGCGGGAGGCCGAGACCUUCCUGGAGAGCUACGGGAAGCGCUUCAAGAAAUUCGCCAUUUUGGCGGGCGUGGGCGCGGGGGUGCUAGUCCUGGGACCGGUGGGGGGCGCUGCCGGUGCUGGGAUCGCCGCCGCUGCCAUUGCUGCCGAGGUGGCGGUGGCCAUUGGGGCUGGGACGGGCGCCGUGGCCGGGAUUGUCGUGGGCGGGGGCGUGGGCGGGGGAGUUGGUGGGAACAUCGCCCAGAAGGAUAGGCAGAGGGCCAAGGCUGCUGGCGGCGGGAGGGAGGAGGAGGACGGCACUGAGGAUCUAUCUGACGAGAAACCCCUGAUCUGAUCGAUGCCCCCCCACAAUCUGGGGCUGACGAAUGGGGUGACAGGACAGCAGCGUGGCCUGGACACGUCCCCCACAAGCCACCCCAGAUUCUAAGAAGGGACGUUUAGAUCCUCUUGUCUGAUCUGCUCUGCCACCCAGGCUGGAGAAUGCCGCCCACUUCCCCCUGCCUUGGGCCCGAUAUCUCCUUUGCACUAAAUCGUUUCCCAGAAAAAGCGGCCAGUCCGGCUCGGAAUCCGGAAAAGACAGAGACCCCCACCGCUUUCCCGCUGGUGAAUCACCCGCGCUGUGAGAAAUUGGGUGCCUCGUUUCCAGCUGGAGUUUCUCGCUUUAACUUGCAGCCCUCGGUUCUCGCUCUGCCUUCCUCCUAUGUUGCAACACAAAGCUCUUAGAAACACCCUGCCGACGGCCCUCUCCCGAGAUCACCCGCUGGGGGUGACCGUGGGCGCCUGGCUUAGUUCCUACAGCGGCAGCUAUGUUGUCUGGUCCCGGAGGAUAGAUAUCCAGCCACUCCUCUGAGCGGGAAGGCAGGUCCAGGGGAGAGGGCACAGAAAGACAUGGAUUGGGUUUCCUGCUCUACCAUGGGCUUCCUCUGUGACUUUGGCCAAGUCACUUAGUUUCUCUGUGCCUCAGUUUCCCAUCUGUAUACUGAGGAUAAUAAUGCAUUGAAAGAUGGUGAGGGGUUUGAGUUCUACUGAGAGAAAGUGCUAUCCAAGAAACAGGCAUCGUUAUGUAUUCUGCGGGAGGGCUAUAAAAACAUCCAAAGCUAAAGGAUUUUCUGUUCAACACCCAUGAACGCACGCCGAGCAGGGGACACCGUCUGGCCAACUGCACAGGAAGGCUCAUCUCCCACCCUUCGGCGCUGGUGAAAAGCCAGGAGUUGGGCUUGAGGAUUUCCAACCAAUGAGGGCUCGGGCUAGGGGUACUCUCCAGCUGUUCCAUGCCCAGGCCAGCCUCAGCUGGCGCCUACGAUCCCAUAGACCGCUGUAGCGUGAGGUACGGGGUCAGCUCCAUCAUGGCUUUGCCUUGGUGAGCCGGGAGCGCCCCUUCUCGUCACAGAUUCCAAGGCCUGGGUAACAUGGGCCAUGACCCUGCCCUGAAUUAAUUCCUGCUUGGAGUGAUCUCUUAGAGAAACUUCCCAUCUCUAAUUAAAAAUGGACAAUGAUGGCAAAUCUGCCACGACCCUUGGUAAAUUAUUCCAAUUGUACUGACUGUUUAAAGUUUCUGCCUUACUUCCAGUCUGAAUUUUGUUGAGCUUCAACGUCCAGCCAUUGGAGCAUGUUAGACCUUUCUGUGCUAGACUGAAGGACCCAUUAUGAAAUAUUUGUUCCCCAGGUGGGUACUUAUGGACUGGGACCCAGUCACCCCUUAACCUGCUCUUUGAGUCCUAUCUUCCUAAGAACUCCUUGGAAACCUAAUAUCAGGGCUGCAGGUUUUCAAAGGCUGCACCUCUUGGUACCUAAGAAGAGAAAGCAGAAGUCACUUGAGACUGUGGUCUGCAAAGUGUCCAAUGGGAGAAGUUAGGUUUCUGCUGGAAGGUGGCCGGUCAACAGGUCUUGGGUGCAGGACAGUCUCAGAGCAAUGGAGGCAUUUAAGCAAUUUCCUUUGUGCCCAACAGGAGGAAAGAUAUUUGGGGUACUGUGUUAGGGUGUCAAUGUACGGAUGAGUGCGUGCGUGAGUCUGUGAGCACCUGUAAAUGACUGUCAUGGGGAGUGCUAGAGAGUAAUCUCCCAGAUCUAAAUAACUGUGAAGUUCUGACUCUUCGAACCUUGCAUGGUGAGUUCCUAGUUUUGGGACAAGUCUCCACAGAAACUAUCAGCUGUAAUUCGCUUCCGGGAAGAUACAACUUCUGUUUAACGGAAGGACUUUAAACUGCUCUUGGGGGAAUUCUGCGCCAAAAAAAUUUAAAAUCCUGCGCAGAGUUUAAAUUUCUGCACAUUUUAUUUGUCAAAAUAACCUUCUAUAAUCACACCAGUUUCAUUUAUUUUGGUAAUUUAUUUCAAAAUACCUGUCGGCAAGUAUUUCUGUAACAGUCCAGACACCCACACAAAUUCCCCCAGGAGUAGAAAGUUGAAGAAACCCUGACAACUCAGUUCCUGCUUUUCUGCCCCCUCCCUCCCCUGCUUCCCCGAGCUCAGCUGUCCCCACCUCCUCAGUCCAGCCAGUAGGCUCUCCUCAGCCCAGCCAUUCACACCUCCUCCCCUGCCCAGAGCCUGCACCUGUCACCCAAACCCCAUCCCAGAGCCCGCAUGCCAGACUACCUCCCCCACUCAAACUCCCUCCCAGCUCCCAACCUCUCACCCCUUCUGCACCCAAACUCACUCCCGGAGCCUGCCCCCCAGUCCCAUACCCCAGAGCUCCUCCCCCAUCCAAAGCCUUAGGCAGGUGGGGGGGCGGAGUUUUGGCGGGCAGGGUUUGGGUUGCAUGAGUGACAUUAUUGGCCCCCUAGGAGGAUUUGAGGACUGGCACUCGGUAAAUUGAGUUUUAGACCCCUGCCUUAGAUCUACACAUUUUUUAUGACGUCCAAUCCACGAUUCCUUUGCUGCACACUAAGUGUGUCGUUCUUUUCCUCGCCUUGGAGGACGUGGGGAACAAUUGAUCAGCUUCCUCUUUAGAACAAUCUUUGACAUAUAGGGCGACUGUUCUCAGAUCCCUCCCCAGCCUUCUCUUCCCUAAACAUGCCAGGUUCUUUCAACCAUUCCUCAUAGGCCCUGUCUUCUUAAACCGCUGAUCGUGUUGGUCACGCUCCUCUGGACUCUCUUCAAUUUGUCCAUCUGUCUUAAAAUGCGGUGAUGAAAACUGGAGAUAGGAUGCCAGCGGAAGCUUCACCAGUGCUGAGUAGAAGGGGACAGUUGCCUCCUGAGUCUGACAUAUGACCUUCCCAUUAACACACCCCACGUGACAUUCCCCAUUUUCGCACCCCAUCCCACUCUUGUCUUUGUUGAUUUGACUGCGUUGAUGACUUGAUUCUAAUACCGCUGCUGCUAAUUUGGCUACUUGAUCUUAUUUUCCCCUCAACUGGAGAAUGGCUGAGUCAGUUGGGUAGAGUUUGUACCGGCUUGGUCUCAGUGAUCUGUUUUCUUGACUUUGUAUUUGUGGUGGGUUGUUUUACUUGUAAUAAAAUGGCGAGAAAGCAGA